CCCAAUAAUUCUCCCAACCAAACCCAACUCCAACCUCACCUUCCAUUCCAAUCUUUUUAAUUUUCUCUUCCCUUCCCCCCAUAUACUCUACCAAACUCUCCUCUCGGGAAAACACAAAGAAAGAAGAGAAAAUGGCUUCUUCAAGCCACAGGAUCAUCACCCUUCUCUUAGCUUCUGUGGUGGCUGCUUCCUUCUUCCUCCCCUCCUCCAUGGCCCUGAGCUUCGACGUCGGCGGUAAAGACGGUUGGGUGGUCAAACCUUCCGAGUCCUACGAUCACUGGGCUCAACGCCUCCGCUUCCAAGUCAACGACUCCCUCGUGUUCAAGUACAAGGAAGGGUCAGAUUCAGUGGUGCAAGUGAAGAAAGAGGAUUACGACAGCUGCGACACCAGCAAGAAGCUGAAAGUCAUGAAAUCAGGAACCUCCGUCUUCAACUUCCCUCAAUCCGGACCUUUCUACUUCAUCAGCGGCAACAAGAAGCAGUGUCUCGCCGGCCAGAAGCUCGUCGUCGUGGUCCUCGCCGUCCGAUCUCCCCCGGCGACCCCCAAGACGCCAACAGCGCCGCCGUCCCCUGCCCCUGCUCUGCCUCCGACAGCAUCUCACCCGCCAAGCUCCGCCCCGGCAGGAACUCCCGAUCUGGCCCCACAGCCGUCCGGCGGUUCUUCUCCUCCUGCCACCGCGCCAUCGCAGGGUGCUGCUGCUCCCGGUGGUUCUCCCGCCGGCGCUCCCUCGAACUCCCCUGCCACCGCGCCUUCACAGGGUACUAUUUCGCCCGCCGGCGCUCCAGCUGGUACCUCGAACUCGCCUGCCGGACAGCCGGGUAGUUCCCCUCCUGGGCCGCCGGGGUUGCCGGGCAGCGCUGACCAGACUUCCCCGCCGGAGGCGGCUAAGAAUUCUUCAUCGGCGGUGGCAGUGGUGAUCGCUUCGCCGGCGUUGGUGGCUGCUGGAUUGGGAUUCAUAGCGAUGUUCAUCUGAUCAUAUCUUUCCUAUUGAGUUAUCCGUAGAUUAGAGUUUUUUUUUUCCUUCCUUUUACCUUGUUCUUUUUCCUCUUUUCCUUUUUGGCUUCUCGUUUUCAUGGGGUGUUGAAUUUGGAUUUGACGAUGAGGGGUUUUAUGGAUUUGUUGAACUUGUGUUCAUUCGGUGUUACAUAUUUCAUUGGAUCAUGGUAUCUCUUCUCGUUGUUGUUUAUUGCACCUUUGAUUUUGACCUCUA